GCCUGAGCCACAGCAGGGUUGGUUCCUCCGAAAACCACUUGAUUGGCUCAGCCCAGCUACCCGCCCCCGCCCAGGCGAGUGCGUGCGAACGAUGAGGAUGACCUGAUCACCAGGCAGUUCACGAUGCGCCGGCCAUAACCAGCAGCCGCAUCGUACACAUCACGACCCUGCCACCACGAGUCCACUGUCCAACCACUACACCAGGCGCUCCGUUUGGCUUCAGCUCGCCCUAAUCAGGAGCCAGGAGCUGGAGGAACAUGGUCGUCCGGACGCCAUCGCUUCACGGAGUGAAGCGGACGCUCCUGCCCUCAAUCCACCAGCCUUUGCCUCUGAGCAAGCGGCAGUCACAGCAGCUUCUGGACACAAUCACGACAUCAUUUCGCAAGAACCUAGACCUGGAGCACCCGUGGCAGUCCCCAGACUCCAACCAUACCACAUCUGCAAGCUCGAACCAGCGCAGCCCCGAUGCCGCGCCCACGAAGGCUUCUGCGCACGCCGGAGCACGGCCUACCGACCAGCAUUUGCGCUCCAUCCUCGCCAAUCCGCUGUUUGCACAGCCCGCCCACGACAAUGUUGUGGCCAGCAGGACUGAGACGACAACCAUACCCAAUCAGCUGUAUAUCUUCGAUGCGGCCGUUGCGAAGGGCCUCAUGAACAACCACCGAGCGUUUGGGUUUCUCGUGACGAUCCUGAAAGCACUUGAAGAGUCCAGCGAUCCCACCUACAAUAUGGCAAACACCGGCGCAGGUCUGCGUGUGCUCCAGUGGUUGCGGGCCACCAACCAAGAAGCCAACAUGCGGUUUCUAGCCAAGCCAGGCUUUGUGUCGGUGCUGAUCCGUUUCCUGUUUGCGGAGGGCCUCGAGCACGUUGCGUGGGAAUGGCUCGCGCGGAUUGCCAGCCCGUCAUUUACCCACCUUGACUCGGAGGACGUGUCGGCCAAGAUGAGCCACCACCCGCUCUCACGACUUUUCAGCGCCAUGAUGAACGAGAACAGACCACCCGCAAACGAUUCUGCACGCAGCAUCGAUCCGGGCUUGACCAACUAUCUCGCAGCGCAUGAGAUCCUAUCCAACCAAAGCCGCAUCGCACAGGCAAACCUGAGGAAUAGCUGGGCUGUGCUCUCUUGGCAGGCUACCGUUGAAGCGUGGAAGCGAGUGGCACCCACCACGACCAUAUUCGAAGACUUUGUCGAAUCAGGCCGCCCAUGGAAGCGCGACUUGGAUCUUGCGCAUCUAGACCUGCAUCAUCCGACCAGUCCUCGUUCCGAGGCCGCCCUCAGUUACAUGCAUCAGAACCCCACCCUCGCCUUCAGCAAUGAAGGCACACGUGCACACGACUUCAAGCGGCAGCGUGUCAUCUGUCUGGCACUCGAUGCUGUCGACCGCCUUAAGCAAGCUGGCAAUGCCGACGAGGUGUCCUGGGUUGAGCGGUUCCUGACCACCAUAAGUGAACACCUGCACUUCGGAACUGCAGAUGGCUUGCACCGAGAGACUUCAACGCUGCCGUUGGGUCGACCCAACAGAUACGCCAGCCUCGCAUGACUCCAAAGGAUGCUCCAGAAUCCUGUAUAUUUGUCUUCAUGGCACCCUUACGAAACUCAAGCAUAGGCACGGCGUCGGACAUCUCUUUGAACUGGAGGGAAUCGCGGCACAUUUACAAAUCAACAUCAGCAGAAGCAAGAAUGAAUUCCCAUUGCGUGAGAGAAAAGUAUGUGAAAUGACACUGUUGACUUGAUUGA